UGGCAACCAUUCGGUGAUUGAGGCGAGGUGUUAGAGCCAGGUUCUUCUCGGUGGCCAACGGAGAUAAAGAGAGGCCGAUCAGAGCACACAGAGUGAAGUUAGUGAGCGGCGUAUACCACCUGCCCACCACUGUAGAAAGAGCUACGCUUAGCCGUGCCGCAUCGCCAGAUGCCGCAAACAACGUGCUGUGAGAGCGCCGCCGCUCUGUUUCUCUCACUAGAAUACGCCACGGCGAAAAGCUCUACGUCGGCCAUCUGUCAUUGAUCACAACACAGCUUGCGAUAAAGAUGGGCGACCGUCCGCCAGUGCAACAUUCGCUAACGCUGAUCAUAGUUGCGGGUGACCGUCUACGUACAAAUCUGCAGAACUGGGGAGCUGUGUAGCCGCACAGCUCGGAGGCAGAGGCAGGCAGCCUGCCAUUAAACAAAGCACGCGCAGGAACAAAGACGAUCGAUACUGGGUUAUUGACUGCGAGUCAGCGGUUACUACAGCAGCAGCAGCAGCAGGAACAGCAGCAGCACUGUCUGCCGUGACUGGCUCAGCCUCCCAGCAGCAUCAGCCACCUCCUCCGUACUUCAGAAGACCAGGGGAAAAUGGCGGUGAAAACGGUAUCAGGAUGGCUGCAGACUUAUCAAGAGGACAGUGAGGAAAGCCAGGAUAAAUAUGGCUACUCUGCUCCGCUGGCGUUCUCAACUUUCCCACCAGGAGGCAGCACACGCUCUCGCCGUGACAGGGAUGACCAUAGUGGCGGAAAGCCAAAGCGUGUGCGCACCUCGUUUACGGACGAACAGACUCGUGUACUGCAAACGCACUUCAGUCGCAACCAGAACCCCAUUGGAGACACGCUGGAAAAGAUUGCGCUGCAGAUCGGGCACACACGUCGAGUGACGCAGAUCUGGUUUCAAAAUGCUCGAGCCAAGGUGAAGCGGGAGAGAGAGAGGGCCCAGGGAGGCGGAAAUGGCAGUAGCACCCCACGAAAGGUGUCCUCUCACGUCCACAACAGGAAGGUUGAUCCUACAGCGCACCUGAGAUAUAAUGGGCACUCCUCGCCACAUGAAAUGUCAGGAAGGUAUGAGGAGAUGCUAGAACUGAAGCCACUCCGAUGUCACAUGUGCUCCGAGAUCUUCACCAACGGCAGCAGCUUUCAGCAGCACAUGAUGCUCAUCCAUGCUCAGAAUCAACCGCCAGGCCAUGGAGCAGACGGGCGCAAUUUCUCAGAUGAAUCUGGAGAUGUGAUGUCGCACAGUGACGAGUCCAACCAUGGGGAGACGACAAACCCGCACGAGACACCGAAGCCCCACGUCGAAGACAUGGCGUACCGCUGUGACAUCUGCUUCCUCAUCUACAAUGACUGGUGCAGCUUCGAGCACCACAGGCAGACGCACGAGAGCGACAUGGCCUGGGGCGGUUUUCCCCCGCUCGGUCCUGCCCCGCCCCUUGGCCCCUCGCAUAGCCUUGUUGGUGGUAACCCGCUGGGACCCAGCCACUACAGCGAGCACUUGCAGGACUUUACACCACUGGCGCCAGUAAGAUCCCUCGACGAUGUUCAAAAUGAGCUGCCACAGCACGGUCUACAACAUGAGCAGUAUGCAGCACCGCACUGUGAGAGCCACGGCGACAAGCAAAGGCUGUCGGACCACGAGCCAUACAAUUCCACACCAACGCACGCCGAAAUCCACCAUCGUGAGCCAUUGCAUCAGAAUCGCAAUGAAUUUAUCUUGCUUCCCUGCACGGACAGCCUGAACCACCAAGCAGAGCCGUGCUAUGUGCCACCACCUCAUGACAGCAAUAUCUCAAACAGUUCAACGAUAGACUUUGGUGGUGAAAGUCCAAAAAGUGCUAGCGACUCGGCCACGUAUGAGGGCAAUGUUAAAUCGCCGCAUGCUGCGUUGCAUGGGUCCGACAUUAAACCGCCCUUUGUCAACUGUGACAUAUUACCUGGCAACAACAGUGACAAUGCCGUCACGACAACGAUGAGCAAAAGUGCCAACAGGGGUGAAGACGAGAGCUAUCUCAAUGCUAGCAUGAGCGUGGGGGAGGAGAAAACAGAAGAGGAGAAAGUGCGGGCCACCGGUGCCUGCGACACCACCGCAACACACGAGGAUGCCAAUUGCACAGCCGACGCGAAUGACUUCAACAGGGCUGUGGCCGGUGCUCACCACCAUAAUCGUGCACUGCAAAUUUGCUAGCUACCAGACGAAACACAGGCAACUACCUGCUUGGCGAGGGUGUGUCAAACUGGAAUGUAAGGCUUCUAACGACGUCCUCACAUGGUAAUGAUGGUGAUUCUGUUUGUGGCAACGUGCAUCGUGAAAAAUACUGUAACCUUUUCACUGGGAUGAGGGAGAGAUGUCACAUGCCGAGGCUCUCAAUGUCCUACAUACAUUAGGGGGAAAUCGGGGGGCAAGAGCUGGCUAUUGGCACGGUCAUCCAUUACAAAGCUCAGCACAGAUUCUCAAAUCCACGUGAUGAUUAGGCCACGCCCCCUUUCAAAUUGUUGAUUUUACUGGAUUUACCAUUGCUUCAAAAGUUACAAGAAUAAGUAAUAUUAUGGUAAACACUUUUUGCUUAUUUUUUUUUACUGAAAAAAAUGUAGUUUGGUUCUCAUAAGAAAUAUAUGACCAGACGCGUAGCCUGGGAGCUGGGCGUCCGAUAACUAGACGCGUAGCCACAGCCUACAUAAUAUGCCAUGCCGCAGUCGGACAGGCUCACUUCUUCCAGUGUCCACACACCUGCAUCCUAGAAGCUAUGUGCAAAAUCAAAGCUAAGGAAUACACCCAUCCAAAUCGAGACAGUAGUUUUGUACAAAUCAAGAUACCAUGAUGAAAUAGAGGGUGUUACCUUACACAUUUCAUCAUCACGGAUGAAUAACCAGCAGCUGAUUCAGAAGCAAACUGUAUUCAUCUGUAUUCUCAUAUGAUGGAACACCUUUAACAUGUCUCAAUGAAACAGUUCACUAUCGCAGAUGACUUCACAAAGAAUCGGCACCUCUUGUGCAAUUGGAUAUUUAUCAAAACUCGCAGGCUUUGAAACCCACAUAAGAGCAGUAAGACUCUACUGAAACUGCAGAAAAACAUUGUUUAAGAUCGACUCUACUAGAGGUGGUAAUUUCUACGAGGUAACUGGUGCAAGAAGACAUUGCAGGGAGCUAGUACUAGAAUCAGUCUCAUGUGCAUAAAAUUGUGUAGCAUUGAGAAGUCAGUCGAACAUUAUAUAGUCAUCAAAUGCAUUUACUGUAAAUCGAUCAAAACGUUACUGUUGCAUUGAUCACUAGGUACCAAGAUAUGGUCAAUUGUAACGUCACUCAACAAAACCAAAGAGCUAACUGUCACAAAUAUGAAUAUUACAGGGAGACUAUUCUUUACCUAUGUAAUGUACGUGAAAACAGAUGAAUCAUUGAGCCUCUACAUGAAAUUACUUCAGUAUUUAUAUCAAGACAUUAUACUUUUAUGUCCUUUUUCCAAUAUAUAUCAUGAAAUCGGUUUGGGUUCUAUUAUGUAAAACACGAUUGAGAUAGUAGUGAUAAAUAUCAUUUCAAUAGAUUUACUUUAUAUGGAAGCCAUAUAUUUGUAUAAUUUUAUCAAUAAUGUUGAAUGGCUCUAUAAACUAUUUUCUUUGUGAAAUAGCUUAUAAAUGCACAAUUCACUGCGUUGCAUAUAAUUUUGUUGUAUAUAAAUGUGCAAUGUGCAUUUAGCUUAUUUAACAAUCUCACAGAGAUCAAGACGAGUCAAGCAGAUAUAUGAUCACCUAUGGGAUAUGUGCAACAUGUAGAAGAACGUAGAUAUAAAUGUUAAUUGUUUAUUUACAGUUGAGCUCACUUCAUUCAAUCAAAACAUUCCUGUGCCACGAGAUUUUUCUACUUGUAUGUAUAUUCAUGUACAUCACAGGUGUGGUUAGUCAGCAUGUGACAGUAAGUAAUUAGAAGACUUUGCUGUACAAUAUGCAUAUAUAUAUUAUUCCUCAAACUUUGAAAAGUGAGGAACAUUAUUUUAUUAUGUAUACUUGAACUUGAGCACUAAUAUUCGGAAGGCAGCUGGUGUGGCCUUAAAAGUACAUUUGGGCGUGUAUCGAAAGUAAAUAUAAUAUAUCUAUAUCUAUCUAUAUAUACAUAAAUAUAUAUAUAUUAUAUAAAUGUGUGUAUGUCUUAAAUAUAAGGGUAAAUCUAGAGAACGAGAGUUAGCAAUUGGGCUACUUCAGUAAUUUUCUGUGCUGACGUUAUCAUUACGUAAAGAAUGGUGUGGUUACAAGUAUGUCAGUCAUGCAAAAGGUGCUUUGCCAGUGAGCAAGGUUUUUGCCAAAGUGUGCAGAAAAGCUCAGUCAUUUAUGUAGCUUUCUGUCCGUUUCCUUUGCCAAAUGUGUGAAGCCACUUGCCAAAGCCUGUUGAAUAGAUUCCCGAGCCAGAAGAGAGUUUACCCGAGAAUACAUGAUUUGAUGUUUGUUUGUUAAUGUAAAUGUGUGUUUAAUUAAUAUAAAUUGUAUACUUAAUGUAUUUCUUUACUUUUUAAUUUAUAAUGGGAUUCCUAAAAUUAUUUUAACUUUAAGAAUGUGGGGUUUAGUUAAUUUAUUUUGUUCAGUGACAGUGUAUUAUGUACAUGUAUCUGUAAGCGUCAUUUAGACUAGAAUAAAACUCAGAAAUGUAAGUACA